UGCCCAUGUGAAGUUCUCAAAAAUCACAAAAACCAGUGUGUGUGUGUGUGUGUGUGCAGCAUGGGUCACCCUAUCCUCGUGUGAUUGGAUGCUUCUGUGUGGGUGAGGGAGGGGGAGAGAGAGAGGGAGUAAGAGGCUGUCUGUGAAUCUAUCUGCCGCUCCAUUCACACAUUCAGCUGCUGCACCUUCAUAGACAGGCAGGCAGAGGGAGUGAGCGAGAGCCUUCCAUUCAUUAAUAAUAAAAAAAAAAGAGAGAGAGAGUAGGUUCAUUCAUAAAAAGCUGCGUUGAGUCUGUGACUCCCGGAGGUAAAGACUCGGAGCUGAGGUGAAACUGACAGAAAAAGUGAGCAGACGCUUGAAGCUGUUCGUUCCCAGCAUGACCAGAGCAGAGCAGACUGGACUUUAGUGACACAGGACGUCCGCAGUCCCACGCUGGCAUGAUCAAACGAACCAAAUACAGUCGCCUGCACAACGAUUCACCAACAUCCCCGGAGGAUCAGCCUCCAACCAUGUCUCCUCAGAAGAGGGAACUGGACCAGGACUCUGAGACGGCUCGCGUCAGUGACGGGACAUCGUGUCACCACGGGCCGUCCUUGAGAGACUUCUUUCCUUGUGUGGCCAAAAUCCGACUGCACAGUCCUGUGGCGUGCCUUAAAGGACAAAGAGACGCAGCAAAAGACACAACGACCACUUUUUAUGGAGACAACAGCAAAUUACAACAUGGUCAGAGACUCUGCGGCCAGAGUCCUCCUCAUGUUCCUUUGUGUACAGGUAGGAACAAAACAAAAAGAGCCAUCACUCUGCACCGGAUGGUCAGCCUUCCCAGGAUUCCUAGCUUUGCGUCCUGCUCAAACACCAGAGGAGGUCAGUGCAGUUUGAAGAACUCCUGUGCAGCAGAUGACGGUGCAAACACGGCAGUGCACUAUGACAUUAAGUACUUGGGCAGUGUGGAGGUGAUCCAGUCCAUGAGAAACCUUGACUCUGACACAAGGAUGCAGGUCACACGGUAGGAUGUUCGAAAAGUUCCACAAACUGUGAUUGAAAAACAGCUAUUAGUAAAAUUCACAUUAAAGAAAAACAAUUCUCUUUAUCAGGGACCAUCUGUUUUUCUGGGCCACGUCGACCUCCAGUUUUCUGGAUGCAGGAUUAUCCUGACUGUCUCCACAGACAGCGUGACUCUGUUCUCUACCUCCUCCUUGCAGAAAAUCGCCCAUCAUCCCAUGCAGACCAUUUCUUUUGCCUCUGGAGGAGACACAGACACAGUGGAUUACGUUGCUUACGUUGCCAAGGAUUACUAUGAUUAUAGAGCGUGUCACAUCCUCGAGUGUCCUCAGGGUCAGGCCUGUGAGGUCAUCAGCAGCAUGGGUCAAGCCUUUGAGACACGUUUCCGACAACUUCUCCCUUAUUCACCAUCUGUACAACCGACCACUCCCAGGUCAGCAGUAAAAAUAAGUAAAAGCCGCAGCACAGAGGAAACAACUGUUGAGCGAAAGAGCCAAGAACAAAAUACAGACAGAGACCAAUGUCACUACUACAACGUGACCCCAACAAAGACGCCGUCUCCUGGUGAAACAGGAGAACUGCACAUCACCAAACAAGAAAAAGAAGUUGCAUUACCAGUCCGGGACCUGAUUCAGGGAGAAGGUUGGUUUCAUGGAAGAUUAGGCAGAAAGCAGGCCGAGUCUCUUCUUACCUGCAGUGGGGAUUUUCUGGUCAGAGAGAGCAGCUCUGCCUCCGGUCAGUAUGUCCUCAGUGGAAUGGAUGGAGCCACAGUUCACCACCUGCUGCUGAUCGACCCUCACGGACAGGUGCGGACCCGCGAUCAGGUGUUCAUAAGUAUUGGUCAUCUGGUGCAUUUCCACAUGGAGAACCAGAUGCCCAUCAUUUCUGGAGGCAGUGAGCUGCGUCUGCAGCAGCCGAUCCUGCAGCAACACUGAAACACUCUGUGUGUCGCUGUUGCAUGGAUAUAGAUUAGCCGUAACUCAUCCGCAUGUUAGGGCAUGUCAAAACACAUAUUGCAUAUUUGUAGUUUCCAGAACGUUGUUUUUACCAUUAAA